AUGCCAACAUUAGACGCAGAAUCAGCCCCAGCAUCGAAGACACCGACGAUCCCAGCCGUAGAGCCAGCAUUAGCGGCAUCAUCAGCCGUCACCACCGACGCCAGCAUCGACUCCAGCAUUGACGCCAGUAACGCCCCCACCACCGACGCCAGCAAUGACGCCAGCAUCAGCCCCAGUACCACCGCCAGCAUUAGAGACGCCAGCGACUCCAGCACCGGAGCCAGCAUCAGUGGCAGCACCAACCCCACCAUCUCCGCCAGCACCGACACUAGCAACGACACCAGCACUGCCCCCACCAUCGACGCCAGCUCAGACGCCAGCACCAACAUCAGCUUCAGCGCCAGCAUCGAAGACGCCAGCGACUCCAGCGCUGGAGUCACUACAGUCAGCAUCAGCGUCACCACCGACGCAAGCAUCGACUCCAGCAGUGGCACCAGCACUGCUCCCACCACCGACGCCAGCACCGACGCCUGCAUCAAUCCCAGAAUCAGCGCCAGGAUCGAAGACUCCAGAGAUUUCAGCACAGGAGCAUGCAUCGACGUCAGCAUCAGCGUCAUUACCGACGCCAGCAGUAUUCACACCAGUUCUGCACCCACCAUCGACGCCAGCACCGAAUCCAUCAUCGGCCCCAGCGCCAGCACCGAAGAUGCCAGCGACCCCAGCACCAGAGCCAGCAUCAGCGUCAUCACUGACGCCUGCAUCAACCCCAGCACCAGCGCCAGAUUCAAAGACGCCAGCAACUCCAGCACCAGAACCAGCAUCAGCGUCAACACCACCGUCACUACCGACGCCAGCAUCGACUCCACCAUCGAAAUCAGUUCUGUGCAGGGGCAGGGGCUGCGCGGCAUGCCCGGCAGUCACCCUCCCCCACCCAGAGACCCGAAGAAGCACCACGAGGUCAAGCACCACGAGGUGAAGGGCCUGGGUCACAACACCACGAAGCCACCACCAACACUAGCAUCGACUCCAGCAUCGACGCCGACACCGACGUACGCAGCAAACCCAGCAUCAGCGCCAGCAUCGAAGACGCCAGCGACUUCUGCACGGGAACCAGCAUCAGCGUCAACACCACAGCCACUCCCGACGCCAGCAUCGACCCCAGCGCCGACACCAGAUUCCUUACGCGCUUCCGGCGCCGACACCAGCUUCCGACCAGCUUCUGACACCAGCACCAGCACUAGAGCCGACACAGGCGACGCCAGCGCCACACCUCGAACCAGGUACAAGACGACCUUGGUUUCCGAGCCUUGCCGCGCUACUGGCGACACCACCGCACAACGCACCUUCUAG